AUGUAUAAGAAUAUAAUUAUUGUUGGAGCUACUGGAAAGUUUCUUGGAAAAAAAAUAACAAGUAGUUUUCUUAAAAGACAAGAUGAAUUUAAUGUAUCAAUUCUUGUUUCGAAAAAAUCAAUGGAGAAUGAAGAAAAAAAGAAAUUUUUUGAAGAUUUUCAAAAACAAGGUGCGAAACUUAUUUUUGGUGAACUUGAUGAUCCUGUUGGACUUGAAAAACAUCAAAAAAAAGCACAUGUAAAACGAUUUAUUACAUCAGGUUAUGGAAUGGAUUUAUCUCGAAUUAAAGAAAAGGAAUGUUAUUAUUAUGUACCAAAACAACGUAUUGAAAGUCUUUUAGAAAAUGAUUCAUCAAUUGAACAUACAUUUAUUGCAACUGAACUUUUUGCAGAAUUUCUUUUUACACCUGAUUUUGGUAUUGAUAUAAAACAACGAAUUAUCAAAUCAUUUGGUCCAUCAGAUAUGAAAAUUUCUACAACAUAUACAGAUGAUAUCGCAUUACUUU